CUAUGAUUGACCGUCAUAUACACACAUGGAUACAUUAUAGAUGCACUUUUUUGUACACGUAUAAGCGAUAACUACAGAAACCAUGCAAUUCGCCGACCGGAGGCCGUUUUAUGAGAAGGCAUUUCACGCAGUAUGGCGACAGGUCUGCUUGCUGUAUCACUUUGUGAGCGUGAAUCUCGUUCAUUUCUUUGAGAAUUACAUGCCAGGGCCGCUCCAAGGGUUUUUUAAUUUCUUUGCGCCUGAUAUCGUAUGGGCUGCGCAAAUGUACACGCGCAGGAGUACGAGUGUGACUGCUAAACUAGUGAACUAUGGUCGACUCAAAAUGGCGGUCAUGAACUCACAGCCAGUGCAGGAUGCCAUCAACUUCGACAUGACGCAAUCCAGUGGCAGACGGUUUUCUUUGCCGAAUGAUUACGAUCACGGCAACAAGCGAGGCAAACGCGAGGCCAAAGCACUGCACUUGUUGUCGCAAAUGGCCACUAAGCCUUCCAUGCUUCCCAUCGUCUUCGCCGGGUACUUGCUGAGGAAAGCGUUCCGUCUGUUGUACAAGUUUGGUAUCAACGUAGAUGAAGAGGAGAUCGUAAAGGUGCGCCUGCUCGCUAAGAAGCAUCCGCUGGUCUUCCUCCCCACGCACAAGUCACACCUGGACUAUCUGAUCAUCCUGUACGUGUGCUUUGUGCAUGAUCUGCCCAUGCCUGCCGUGGUGGCUGGCGAUAACCUCAACAUGCCUUUUAUUGGGUGGCUGCUGCGCCAUUGUGGGGCUUUCUUUAUCCGCCGCAGUUUUGCGGGGGACAACGACCCCCUAUACGGUGCCAUUUUCCGCGAAUAUCUGAAGCAGCUGCUGAUGCAUGGGCAUUCGCUGGAGAUGUUCAUUGAGGGCGGGCGAAGUCGUAAUGGCAAGGUGCUGAUGCCCAAGACGGGGGCGCUGCAGUCGGUGAUUGGUGCUGUGAUGGAGUCUGAGCUGGAUGUAAUGAUUGUGCCCAUUGCGCUGAGCUUCGAUCGCAUUGUCGAGACACAGUCCCAUCUCAACGAACUGUCAGGUAAACCAAAGCAAGCAGAGCAGCUCUUCUUCUCGCUCUUCAGCAUCAGCAGCGUCAUGACCUCGGCUGCUACUCAGUCGAAUACUUAUGGAUCGGUUGAUCUGCGCUUCGCCGAGCCUAUUUCCAUCCGCAAGUUCAUCAAUGAGGGCGAAGGGAAACUGCCGCCACUCACCAAAGGUGCAGACAUUUACAACAACAUGGUGGACCCAGAGGCCAGGGGCUACCACUCAGUCACUCCGCCCAGCAGCGAUGAAGGCUCCAAGGAUAACAAAGUAACCUUACAGCAGACCAAGAGAUCACUCAGGAACCAGAAAUCACUAGUCACUGAGAAGUGGCCUUAUCUCUCAUACGAGGGUGAGCACGACACCGACAAGGCAAAGUACCUCGCCUUCCGCCUGGGCUAUCGCGUGCUGUACGAGUGCAACGAUGUGUCUGUGGUGCUUCCUGCCUCACUGCUAGCCACCGUGUUACUUAGUCAACACCAGCGCGGCAUCUACAGAGACGAGCUGAUCUCAAAGGUUUACUGGCUACAAAGUGAGAUUCACAAACGGGGCGGGCGAGUAAUACCCUUGACCACGGACACCAUUGACAUGACCGUCACGUUGGUACUGGGAGGCUUUGGCGGGGCAAAUGAACUCGUCAAAACACACAACGACAGAGUGCUGCUGUCGCUAUAUAAUCCUGAGGAACGCAUGGAGCUGAGUACAUACCGCAACCAACUAGUGCACCACUUCAUCCGCGAGAGCAUCAUGUGCUGCUGCAUCUAUGCGUUGGAGAAGCAGGCACCCACAGACACAGAAGGCGGACCCUCGUUUGUCGACUACAUGGACCUUUACGCCCUGAACAGAUAUCUGACGCAGUUGCUUAAAAUGGAGUUCGUCUUCCGGCCGUCAAUGGGUGUUGGGAUUAACGAGCACUUUGACCUCACACUGACGGAAAUGGUCGACCGAGGCAUCAUCGCCUAUCACCCGGAGGACCAGAACAAAAUCUGCGUGUCGGAAGCGGUUGAGGAUGGCGAGAUGAAGGGUACACUCACAUACCUGUUCCUGUGCUCCAUUGCAUGGCCGUUUAUUGACACGUACUGGCUGUGCACACUUGGGCUGUUUGCCCUCUUACCGAACAAAGCCAUCCAGGAGGAUGUGCUGAUCCGUAAGAUGCAAGACUUUGGCGAGACGCUGUACUUCUCCGGUGCGAUGGACUUGUACGAAUCGAUCAGCAAAGUCACGCUCGAAAAUGCGCUGCAAUUGCUAAACAAGUGGCGGGUGAUUAGCAUACUUAGAGUAGAGGGUUCGUCGUCGAAGAAGCGCGCUGUACAGUUAAGGCCGGAGUAUUGCAGUGCCGAGAAGAUACAAGAACUCGUUUUCCAAAUCGCGAACUUCAGGAAAAAGUCCAGGAUGUACCGAUCCAGACAAUUCCGUGUACAGCACCAUCAUGAAGUGUGGGAUGCGAUUAACACAGUCAAAACCCUUUGCAAGAAGAGCAAAAGUGGAAGUCAGAGCCUGCCCGCCUCACCAAUUACAAAUAAGAAGGCACUACAUAUUUGAGACUGGACCGUAUCGGUUUUCGGUAUAUUCCCGGCGUUUACGAUAUAUACAAGUACACUACACUCACUAAAUAAUCAAUGAACCUCGUGUGGACGUAUGUUUUAGAGUUUUAGAUAAAAAUUACUGAUACCGCUGUCACAUAUAGCGGCGUAUACGAUUUCUCCGAUGCAAAACGAUAAAGUACGAAGGAUGCAUAUAAAAAUUUCGCACAGCCUGCUGCGACUGCUGACACGUACAUUGCAAGUGCGUGCCAUAAGAACGACUGGUCCAGUACUUGGUCAACUCUGUGUAAGCGUUUUGUCGAAUGACAAACAGAUGGGACAUAUUUUGGUUCAAUAUAUGUUGCCAAUAUGCAUGCUAUAUAUAGCCAAUGCAGUAGAACACUUUUUCUCGGCAAAAUCGGACUCCCAUAAAAUAAUAAAGAAACCUUACAGCUUCAAAGUUGAC